AGUUUUUAGGACGAUUAGGGGGAGCGAGUAGAAGGCCUAGCAGAUAUUGGAUUAUCGAAUCGAAAGUUUUAUUAGCGUCGCAGUCGUCGCAGUGCAAGAAAAAAAUGCAACUAUGGGUGAAAAUAAACAGAAAGGGAAAGAUUAUUCAUCAUGUGCUAGUUGUUACAAUGCCAUAGAGAAAGAGGAAUACAUUUCGGCCCUCGGACAAGGAUGGCAUGCCGAUUGUUUCAGGUGCUCGGUUUGCGACACGCAUCUUUCUAGCUGGUAUUUCGAGAAAGAAGGUUUGCUCUUCUGUAAGAAUGACUAUUGGGCGAAAUAUGGUGAAUGCUGUCAACAAUGCGCACAGGUAAUUUCUGGACCGGUUAUGGUCGCCGGCGAUCAUAAAUUUCACCCUGAAUGCUUUUGCUGUGAUUCGUGCAAAAUUUUCAUCGGCGAUGGAGAAGCCUAUGCACUAGUCGAACGAUCGAAGCUCUUUUGCGGCAACUGUUAUAAACAGCAAAUGCAUGAUACCGGGAAGGCGGCUAGUGAUUCUACUGACAGAGUGACGCCAUGCACGACGGAGAAUACCCAGAAGAAAAUUCCUCACUCAAUUCGACUCGUGGAGAUUCCCUGGACUGGUUCUAAGAAAGACGGCAUUCGUUUAGCGGUUGAUGAAAAUUUGUGUGGUGUUCCAGCGCGUUCUGCGGUAGGCUGCAAGGAUGUCAGAAUCUCAGAGGUAAUCUGUACAUUUUAUGGGCAGCUAGGGAAAUACAUUUUCUCAUGUGUAUCUUCUACCUUUGAUGCUUGUUGUGGGGUGCUUAAUUGUAGAAUCCACUUGACGUCAGAUCUGGUGUCGCUUCACAUUGGCGAUAAAAUAUUGGAAGUCAACGGAACGCCAGUGAGAGAUGCCCCACUUGAGAAUGUCGAGCAGUUGAUCAAAAAUACAGGAAAAGUAUUGCAGUUGACGAUUGAGCAUGACCCGGAAAGUAUCAAUCGGUGCCAUCUAGGUCAAACCACACGUGACAGUCAGGGCUGUAGAACAGUGUAUAACAGUUGCAACCACGCUGGGAAUACAAAUGGUAACACCGUCCUCAAGGAGCGUUCACCUUCGCCAAAUAAGUUCGACAAGGAAAGGAUUUUCAAGAAAAAAGACGAAGGAUAUAUUAGCGGAACGUCAAGAAAGCUUCAGAGGCGUUUGAAAGAUGUCAAUUGCAACAAUGCUUCGAACAGUCUCAAGGAGAAAGAACGUAGUUCCAGUAUGUCCAAACUGUUGGAUGAACAACAUCAGCAACAUAGUGGAGAUUUUUACGAUUUGUCACGUACAAAGUCCUUUAGAGUUGAACAGAAGGCUGCUCGAAUUUUCCGUGCGUCAGAUCUUGUGCAAGGCGAACUUUUGGGGAAAGGAUUUUUCGGUCAGGUCUUUAAAGUUACUCAUCGCGUGACCCAAGAAGUGAUGGUACUGAAAGAGCUCUAUCGCGUAGAUGAAGAGGCACAGAAGAAUUUUCUCAAAGAAGUUGCUGUUUUACGGUCGCUCUCCCAUCACAACGUGCUCCGUUUUAUUGGUGUGCUUUAUAAGGAUAAGAAGUUACAUUUGGUGACGGAAUUUAUUCCUGGUGGAUCACUGAAGGAGUUGGUGCAUGAUUCGGGGUUACCUUUGCCCUGGGAACAGAGAAUAUGUUUCGCAAGAGACAUCUCCUGUGGUAUGAGUUACCUGCAUUCCAUGAACAUUAUACAUCGUGACCUGAAUUCACUCAACUGCCUGGUGCGAGAGGAUAAAACGGUGAUCGUAGCUGAUUUUGGUUUAGCACGGAUCAUUAAACAACCUUUGUGCACUGCUUUCGAUAAGUGUUCGCAAACCAAUGGAACUGGCACCAUAGGAAGACGUGGGAGACCACGGCGACAGCGAUAUACUGUGGUCGGCAAUCCGUACUGGAUGGCUCCGGAAAUGAUGCGUGGAAACAAAUACGAUGAGAAAGUGGAUAUCUUCUCGUUCGGAAUAAUGCUUUGCGAAAUAAUCGGGAGGGUACAAGCCGAUCCUGAUUUUUUGCCCCGAACUUCGGACUUCGGUCUGAAUCAGACACUGUUUAAGGAGAAGUUUUGCGAACAAUGCCCGGAUCCUUUCUAUAAGAUUGCUUUUCUUUGCUGUGAUCUGAAUCCUGAUAAACGGCCUCCAUUUGAUCUGCUGGAAGUGUGGUUCAAGUGUAUGGUGCGACAUGUUGCCACCGGGAAACCUGUGCCUCCAGCAAUGAUUUACGAAAUUAACCACUUCAAGGGCGUGAAGAGCAACGACUCGAGUAUCAGUACAACCCCGGACGGCCUAGCUACACCUCCUUUUGCAGGUAUAAAACCUUCACUUAGCCGCAAACGAUUCAGUGAAGACAUAGAAGAGAAAGAAAACUGUGAAAAGACUAUUAAACCAUCGGAAGGUGAUAUGGUGGAUUGUGCAAAACCUUUGGUAGGAGCUCAGACAACGAAAGACAAUGUAGAAAACAAUAACAUUACCAAUAGCGAUAGUAUUAGCAAUAGCGUAGAAGUAAGUGGUUUCAUUGUGGGUGGGGCUGAAAUACCUCGAUCACCUCAUUUAUGCAAGGAUUUUUCGCCCAAUGGCGAUCGUAUUAGGGAUAGUAUAAGAGCGCGGCGGCGACAGCGAAUCAUACUUAACAGAGAAAAUCAGCGGAAAUCGCUUGAUUCCAGUCAUCUGGGGGCGAAACUGAGUGGUAUGGAGGUGGUUAUCAAUCCUGAAACUAGCGCGUCAGAACCUACCAGUUUGAUACAGGUAGAUCCGAAUACGUUGAAACAACCACCGUCAACGGAAGAUGUUCUAAAUUCGGUGAGAGAUACCCUCGAGAAAAAUCCCAAUUUGGCGAGAAGGAGAGAAGGGUCCCCCAAAGCGAAGCAUUAUGGAGAGAAAGGUUUCAUAAUUCAUCUAAAUAAUGGGAACCUGACGUUGAACAACGUCAAGGAUUUAGAAGCUUGCUCAGAUUUUGAUUCAAGUUGUGAUACAAGUUUGAAUUAUAUUGAUUUGAACGUCAACGCCAGUAGCAGAAAUAACCAACUGACAGCGACGGACGAUUAUAGCAGUCCGAAACAGUGUGACGUGAGAAAUAUUUGGUCUGUUCCGGAAAAUAAGAGCAGUACGGACACAGUUAAACAAUCGUCAGAAACUACUGCAGUUCAUCCAUCGAUCAACAAAAAUGCUUUGGAAGAACUUAGGACACAAUUAAGUAUGUGUAAAAAAGACGUUUUGGAAAAACAGUCAGAAAAGGAAAAUGUUGAGUUGGAAGUAGAAUGUAAGGACCCUAAAGGUAAUAGCAUGUUUUGUCGAAUCAAUCCAAUUAGUUCGAUUCUCGGUGGAAAGAACAGUUCUAUGGGUAAAGACCGAUCUAAAAGUCCUAUCAAAAGUGGCAAAUACACAUCGAAAUUGUUCCGGGUUAGUGACACACCAAUAUUCGAACGACGUAACAUCAGUUCUCCUGUUCCGCCAGCUUUGAAGAGAAGCGAUUCGGGAGAUCAGAUAAAACCGCCUAAAGUUUCAAGUUGUGACAAAUCGAUGUUUGGCUCGAAGCAGAAGGUUUCACCGACAUCUGAUCUGAAGCCACAAUCCAGUUUCGAGGAGAGUAUUGCUACUAGUAACAGCUAUGUUAUCAGUAAGCUCAAAUCGUCUAGAAAUAUAUUUUCAGAUAAAAACCUUCCCCAAGUGUUUGUGUAUAAAACCAAAAAGUCGCCAAGUGUAGCAACUGCGCCGGUAGACAUCGUAUGUACAAGUAGUUCUAGUAUUUCUAGCAGUAAAUCGAAGCCAUUAAAAAUAAUUGAAAAACCGCCCAUUAGCAAGAGACCACCUGUCAGUGGUGUUACCGCAAUUAACAGCAACAAUUCACCUAGCCUAAGUAAAAACCGUACAUUUCGACCGACUGAGGGAUCUCCUAAACAUUCGAAAGAUCGGCGCCAUGAAAAACCGGUCGAGAAAUAUGUGGCCUUAUCAUCUUCCUUGAGUGGAAGUGCUAGUAACUCUCGCGCUGAGUCCCCAACAUGUGGUGUGAGUGGUACAGGUAGCCGCGGUAGAACAAAUAACCGAACUGGCAUACUCUCCCCAGAAAGUGUCCGUAGGUUAAAUGCCAGGCUUCUGGAAUCUCGUAAACAAUCGAACGAGAGUGUUAUGAGCACAAGUAGUUCUUCAACAGGGAAAAGCACGUGUUUUGGUGGUGCAACGAUUGGAAAGUCCACACCCAAGAGUGACCAGGGGCAUGAGAAAAAAGGUCGUUCUAUUGUGAAGAACAAACGGGAAAAUAUGGGGGCAGUUGCCAUUUGAGGAAAUGAUUAGUUCCAGAAAAACAUGAUUGUGAUCAACACUUCAAUGCGUGUCUUGUUGACAAAAAGUUUGAGAGUAAUUCUUGCGGGGUAUUUUUUGUAACGAUGGACUUAUAUGUUUCUGUUUUGAUACCGCUUUUCUGAUGAAUUUUUUUUAUCUAUUUUAUCAUAUAACUAGCUGACCCGGCAAACUUCGUUCCGCCCAAAAUGGAUCUUUUUGUUAUCGAUAACAUUCAAACAUUCACGUUUUCUUGCUAAGCGGACGCUCAUGGGUUCAAUCGCAGAACUAUUUAUUGAUUGACCCUUUACAAUUCCCUUUUACUAUAAAUUUCCUAGUAUUUCUACUAAAACUCGUCCUUGUAAUAUCAAAUUAUUUCCAGACACAAUUCUCGUUCAAGAUUUUUCAAUCACUUGCAAAUAACAUGUUUCUUCCUUACAUGGAAUACAUGUUUGAUACAGAAAUUAUAAUAAAAUGAUGACAGCUUAAAUCAGACGAUUCCUUCCUCUAGUUUUGCGCUUGCCCCCUAAAACCAUCACAUUCCAAAUUUGGUUCCGUUUGCUUGAUUAGCUCUCUAGUUAUGUGACCUCCCUCCCUUAGAGAGGGGGUAGGAGUGUCGAAAUACUAUAGAAACGUAUCGUGUUCUCUAAAACCUCCACAUGAUAAAUUUGAUUCCAUUUGCUUGAUUAGUUCUCGAGUUAUGCAGAAAUUUGUGUUUCAUUUGUAUGACAGUCUCCCCUUAAAGAGGAGGAGUGUCGAACCACAAUAAAAACAUUUCUUGCUCCCUAAAACCUCUACAUUUCAAAUUUGGUUCUGUUUGCUUGCUUAGUUUAUGAGUUACUAGCUAACCCGGCAAACUUCGUCCCGCCCAUUUACUUGAUUAAUUCUCGAGUAAUGCAGAAAUUUGUGUUUUAUUUGUAUGGCAGCCACCCCUAAGAGAGCCAUAGAAACAUUCAUUGCACCAUAGAAACAUUCAUUGCACCCUAAAGUUUCCAUAUGCCUAAUUUGGUUUAAUUUGCUUGAUUAAUUCUCGGGUAAUGCAAAAAUUUGUGUUUCAUUUGUACGGCAGCCCUCUCUAAGAGAGGGGGAAGGAGUAUCUUAACACCAUAGAAACAUUUAUUGCAUCCUAAAACCUCCACAUGCCAAAUUUGGUUUCAUUUGCUUGAUUAAUUCUCGAGUAAUGCAGAAAUUUGUGUUUCAUUUGUAUGGUAGCCCCCCCUUUGAGUGGGGGAAGGACUGUCUAACCAUCAUAGAAACAUUUAUUGCACCCUAAAACUUUCACAUGCCAACUUUGGUUUCGUUUGCUUGGUUAAUUUCCGAGUAAUGCAGAAAUUUGUGUUUCAUUUGUAUGGCAGCCCCCCCUUAGAGAGGGGGGAGGGGUCUCAAAAUAUCACGAAAACCUUCCCCGGCCCCAAAAACCCCUACAUACCAAUUUUCAUGUCGAUCGGUUCAGUAGUUUCCGAGUCUAUGAGAAUCAGACAGACAGACAGACAUCACUCCAUUUUUAUAUAUAUAGAUAGAUAGAUGCAGAAAUUUGUGUUUCUUUUGUAUGGCAGUCCCUUAGAGAGUGGGUAGGUGUGUCGAACCACCAUAGAAACAUUUAUUGCUCCCUAAAACCUUGACGUGACGCAUAAACAUUUCACCACUUUCAACUAUUACCGCAAGUCAACCUCGAUCAGGCGAUUGGACAAACAACGUUUAGAAAAAUAUAAAUUUCAAGGCUCCGGUAUACAAGAAACACGCGUUUUAAAACUUCAAAGUUUGUUCGAAUCGUUUAAUGAACAUUUCUCGGAUAUUCAAUCAACUGUGUAAAAAACUGUUAAAUUGUUGGGAGCCGAUUAGUUUUAUACUAUGAUUCAUCACAAACACUAUCACGGAGGUGGUAAAUCAGAAAACAGGUCACGUUUUUAUGAAAUAAUGUUGACGUGAAUAACUAAUUUAGCGGCGAACGGAUUCUGCAAUACCAACCGAAUCGGAAAUUCUCUAAGAUUUGUUUGAUACUUUAUACUUUAUAAUUCUCUGGUGUGAUAAAUCUUUAAAUUGAUGAAAACUAAAAGCAUUUCCAUUUUCCCAUACAUUUGCUUGCUCACCUAACCGAGCUGUCAAUAACGGCAAAUUGGCAACAACAAUAGAAAAAAAGAAGGCGAUAUCGCAAAUAGAAUAUUUGCGACGUAUACACUGUCGCUAGCGCAUAUUCUUGAGGAAAUUUUCCCUUCCCGUUUGGUGGUCAUCGAAGCAACAUCGUUGCCGGCGAGAGUCGAGUGGGAAUGGAUUGUUUUUCUCAUUCUGCCUAUUCAUUGUGUCAUCUUCGUUUCCCCGUGAGCUGUGGACGCGAGUGAAUAUUUCACUCGCCGUGGAUCUGGUAUUGCAAGCAACACAUUGAGCCGAGCCAUGUAGGAAAAUCAAGCUGGGCUAUCAUCAUCGACUCACAAAGAAAGUUAUUUGUCUGUUGGAAUGCUAUGUGUGAUUUAGUUUCGCGUUUCAGUCGCAAAACGGUCUCCACCAAGGAUCUACGCAAGCUUUGCGCAGUGGCGAUAUCGUAACCAACGAGGUUUUACCGAGAUGCGAUUAUUGCUAGUUGAAAAAAAAGGAUCUACGCAAUACGGCCCUUUUCCGAUGCAACAAUCUCUUAACUUUGUUAACGGUUUUGAUCGAGAAUUCUAGAAACGGUCAUUCUCGCGAUGUUUCAUUUUUAUCGAUGCAUCUGUGUGUUACCGUGGCGAUGCACGGUAGAUGUCUAUAGGUGCGAUACCACAGGCGCAACAUAAAACAUGACAAUUGAUACUUGCAAAUAUUUUCAUUUUUGUUGGGUUGUUAAAAAAGUGAGGUUGGGGAAAAAGUAAUUCUUUUUUUUUUCGGUAGUUGGGUUCAGUGAUCAAUAUCACGCGUAAUAUCGAUCAUACAAUUUCAAGAUUAGGCUCGUUGUAAAGGUAACAUUUCACACUAAAGAAAUUUAUCUCUAACUUUGGGGGUAAGAAAGUUAGAUAUUUGAUUUCACCUAAAAUGUUGGUCACCCUAUUUUUGACAACAUGGAAAUAAACGGUCCAUCAUAUGUAAAAACUUAUCGAAGACAGUUUUUGUCUAGAGAAUAAAUAUCUUCCACAAUGUGACCAUGAAAAAAUAGGUUUUCUUGCUCUAACAUUUAUAUUUCAAAUUCCACAUCAAAAUUGCUUUCGUACGACUUUUAGAGCUUAUCAAGACGAACAUUUUGCGAUGCAGAACUUGUCAAUAUAUUAACACAAAGUUAUUGAUGGGUUUUCACCCAAAAACUUAUGAUAUCAAUUUUAAUUACUCAAAUACUAAAAAUAACAUAUUUUUAAAGAUCUCACAUUAUGUAGAGUGAAAUAUGUUCUUUCAAGUGCCGCCAAUAAACAUUUUUUUGUAUUUGCUUCAGAAAGAAUGUCAAACAAAUGAAGAGAGCGCAUUUUAUGGGAUGAAAUGUCAAUAAUUUUGAAUAGUUCUGCAUCGCAAAAUGUUUGUAUUAGUAAGUUCUAAAGGUCUUCUGAAGACAGUUUGCAUGUAUAAUUCGAAAUAUAAAGAUUAGAGCAAACAAAAAAACAAAAAACAAAACGUUUUUUCCAUGUUGAUCCUAACGCAACUUAGGAAAGAAGCGCUAUAUCGGUUAUUUCAAGAGAUAGAAAAAACUUUGUUCUUCAAAGAUGUCUCAAAUAAGGCGUCGUGUACAAAUUACGUAACGCUAAAAAUGCGAUUUUGGAACCACUUCCCCCCCUCUAUGUAACAAAUAGUAACGCAAGACAAAACCCCCUCCCCCUUAUGUUACGUAACGCUAAUAUUUACACAAAGUCAAAGUCGUUCGUUCAACAUCAAAAAUAGAUAUAUGCCCACAUCGGAAUCAAAUGAUCUUACGGAAGUUCCUUAUAUGUAAGUAUUGACAUCGGAAGAACUUUCGACAAUUACAUAGAAUUUUGAACAAACAUAGACGGAAAAUGAUUGCUGACAUCAGUUGGGAUUGGUGCUUUCAACCAACUUAGAGGAACAUGGGCUGAUAUAAAUUAUAAAUUACUACUCCUUGGUUCAAUGCAGCAGUUAAUAUUUUUUUUAAUACGCAAAACAAUCAAAACCAUUGAAAAAAUUGGUGGCAAUAUAGUUGCCACUGUCCGGUUAGCGCAAAAUGUUGGUGGCAAUAUAGCUGCCACCUGCCCGGUUAGCGUAAAAUGUUGGUAACAAUAUAGAUGCCACCUGCCCGGUCAGCGUAAAAUGUUGGUGGCAAUAUACGAGGUAUGGCUAAUAAAUAACAAGACUGCGCGCCUGGAGGGCGCCCUAGAGGGGUGGAAGGAAAAACGAAUAGUGCGUUCGGUAGCUUGAAGUGUCUGCUAUAAACGUACGGAAACACGUUUUUGUCACUAUAGUAGUUUGCGAGCAGCAGUGGUUUGAAUGGAACGUGGUUUGUAGUGCGCGUCGGAAAUCAUGUGUGACGAAAACCACGAGCAACAACGCAUCUGCCCAUAACACGCUGUCGGUGAAGCAAUUUUUAGCCGAUAAGGGCAUUCCAACGCUCGAACAUGCCCCGUACUCGCCAGUUCUAGCCCCAUGCGACUUUUCUAUUCCCCAAGAUCAAAUCCGUGUUGAAAGGUACCCGAUUUCAGUCCGUAGAAGAGGCGAAGGAAAAAGCGACGCGGCUUUUGAACGCCAUCACAGAAGAAGAGUUUCAGCACUGCUUCGAACAAUGGAAAAAACGUUUGGAAAGGUGUGUGAGGAGCCAAGCGGAGUAUAUUGAAGGGGAGCAUAUCGUUGUAGAGAAAAUAUUGAGGAUACAAAUUGAACAUCUAUAAUAUUGGUCGCAUCACGAAAGUUGACCAAUUUGGAGUGCUUAAUGUUCAGUCAUUUGUUGAUGGAUAUACAAGAUUUUCGAACCAAUCGAUUUGGACGCUCCCUAACAAACUAUUGCUAUAUAGAUAAUUAUGAAACUUUCGAUUGGUAAUAUUGUUAAUACUAAUAGGAUUAAAAUGGGAGCAUUUUAUUUCCAAACAUUUGAGUAAGCCGCAAGCGUAUUUUUUUCAACAUGUAUUUGUUUCAACGUAACCCUCCGUCAACAAUGCGGUCAUGUCUUGGACACAACCCUUCAACUUUUUUUUAAUUAAUCAACGUUCUUCGAGAAGAGGAUUAAUUGGUUUUCCCCUUCUGUAGAACAGUUAUGCUGGUAUGUUUGAGGGCUCGGUUAGUAUCGCUUGUCAACAAUAUGAGAAAAGAUGACUGGUUCCAAUAAUUUGAUAUUAUCAGGCACUACUGGUGGAACGUUUCUGGCUAAUCUGGGUAUAACGCUUAACCAUCUGGACAACUGCUAUAUGGCUUACUGAUCGGUGCUAAUGUCUAUUGCGCUAAUACAAGACUUACUGAAAGCGGAGACAAUGUUGGACCAGUUUUGUGUCAAAUCAGGAAAAGCCGCUAUUUAGUUGGUAUUUCAAAUUUAAACGUACUUAAAACGUACUUCUACUUAAUCUAUUUACGGGACCUAUUCUUAAGCUAGGUUUUCUGAUAAAGAACAACGAAUAUGCGCGAAAGGUGCGCGAAAAUCACCUUUAGAAAACUUACAACUCUUGGAAUCUCUGACAUCUCUGGUUGGCCAGGCGAAAAUAACAAGGGUUCCACUUGUUAUUUUCUCUUGAUCUACGAUAAAGCAAGAUGGCAGGCCUUUUCGCGAGGCCAACAACUAGGCAACAUAAAGCCUGCCGUGUUCACGCAUGACGCUACAUAGGGUCUUUCCUUUUCGUAACAAUACGAUGUGACAAUGCAAUCCACAACUGACCAGUCGAAAAGGGUAAUCGUUCACCCAAGAGCCAACUUAUCGAUGCGACUUGUCGUCCAAUGUUGCCUCAAAGGAAUCCCACCUUAAGAUGUCAACAUUUAUAUCCCUCUGAACGAUGGAAUCGACGCCCUCAUGAAAAUGGAUUAGAAUGGUUUCGGAUCGGAAAUUCCGGGUUUUCAUCGCCGGAAAAUUAAUUUGCGGCCGUUUAGAGGCGAAUGAACUUCCAAGUUUAAAGCCUCUUAAAAAGAAAGAAAGAAAGAAAGAAAGAAAUUUGCGGCCUAAUAUAUAUGGAGGAAAGAUAUUAUUUUUAAUGGUGCGUACUUGUUGAAAUAAAAAAUAAACUUACUGAAGGUGAAAGCUUACACUCGUACCUUCAAUAGACGGAUUGAUGCUUCAACUCUUUUGCAUGGAUCCUAAGAGUAACACAACUGAACAUAACAGCGUUGUUAAAAAAAAUCUGAAUCAUUAAACUCAUUAACUUUUCCCAUACAAUCCAUUAAACCAAAGUGUUAUUCUCACGAACCCGAAUUUGUACGGUGGAUUUCAGUUGCAAAAUAUGAUAUUUAACUACACUGUUGCGCCCUCAAUGUUGCUCGUUUCUCUCUAACAAUAUAUAUUCAAAGCCCUCGACUAAACAAUAUUAUUCUACUCUAGUGUGUAAGGUUUGUUCCAAAUUCGGUUGUACUAAUUAAGCUAAUAAGUUUAUUUGUCAAUUUAUUAAAUUAGACAGGAUACUAACCAGACUGUGAUAUAGUAAGAAUGUGCAGGUCUUAUGAAACUGCGAAUGAGUAAUAAAAUAGUGAAAUCAUAUAACUGAAAGCAAUUCGGCGACCCGUGCUUUUGCAGGAAGAAAAAAAAGUCGGAAUUUGUGGCGCUCGAUGUAACACGAUGACAGUGGAAGCGUGAAUUCAGUUUCACCAAUGUAUGAUGCGGCGUUACAUUUUUUGUAUGCGCCGCUGAGGCAUCGAAACGGAUGAAAAAGAAAUAUCGUAUUCGUACGGAUUAUAUAACAAUCAAUUGCAUGUAAUUGUAAUUAAUUCUGUAGAUAGGAAAGCUCGAGUUGUAAAAAUUGAAUUAAAACGUGACUGUGUAAUGGAAAACGAGAGAAAAAAUGGAUGCCAUAAAGCAUGUAUUUGCAGAACAAGCGAAAAAGUUGAAACAAGCGGAUGUAUACAAAUUUAAAAUUGUGAAUUGUACUCAAUGAUAAACCGGAUGAAAAGUGAUUGUAUUUUUAUUUUAUUCUUGUGCCAUUGGAUUUUGUUAUGAUAUGUUUGGCAUUGCAUCCUUUUCAACCAAUAAAUUAUUAACCUGAGUUCCGAAAGCAAUAUAAACGUUUCCCAUGACAAGUACAACAUUCCGCGGUAAAAAUAGAAAAUGUAAACCAACAAUAUUUUGCGAUACAUUUUAUGGGAGUGUAGUCUUUUGAGUUGGAAAUAUGAUUUAUAACUAUUGUGCUAGAAUAUAUUAAAGAUUAUUUGAAAUAUUUUGUGCAACUUGCAACAUUUGGAAAUAAAAUUAAAUAACGUAAAAAUUAA